AUGGACACGGACGGAUUCUGUUGCUGGAACAGGAAGUUCUACUGCAGCAACCUGAAACUCCUGGACUUCUUCAUCCAGCUGGACCAGCAGACAGACCCAUCAUACCACGGGGAGGAGGAGGAGGAUGGAAUUUUACAGCUGGGGAAGAAGACUUUCGAAAGGACUCUGAGAAAACACACACAGCUGCUUGUGUAUUUCUACACUCCCCUGUUUGCAGAAGGCCAUCGUGUGUUGGAGGCAUUUGAGGGAGCAGCAGCAGAGCUGCAGGGGUCAGAGGUCAAACUGGCAGUGCUGGAUGUGACGAAGGAGAAGGAGCUGGCUGAAGAGCUCAACGCGACAGACCAGCUCACAAUCAGACUGUACCUCUCUGGAGAUAAACACGAGCCUGUACUCUGCCCCGUUCCUCAGAGCCCGUCGUCCAUCCUGACCUGGCUGAAAAGGAGGGAGGGAACGGCUGCCGACCUCCUGGCAGACCUGAGCCAGGCGGAGGCCUCGGAGGAGCUGACAGUGGUCGGUUUUUUUAAGGAGCUGGACCAGGAGUGUGUGAAGCUGUUCUACUCUGCAGCGAUGGAGCUUCCACAUGUGAGCUUCGUUGUGACGCAGGACGAAGAAGCCAUCAGUAAAUAUGAUCUCCGACAAGACGCCGUCCUGCUGCUCAAGAAGUCUAAACUCAUCCAGACCUACAAAAUGAGCCCCGACUCUUCUAAAGAGGAGCUGGUCGUCUUCAUCACUGUUUACAGGAUGGAUCCAGUCACUGAAUAUAGCGGACAGACAGCCUCUCAGAUCUUAUCCUCGCCUGUAUCAAACCACGCGCUCCUCUUUGUCAACAAAAGCUCCGUCGACUACAAAGACAUUUCGUCUGCUUUCAGCAGAGCUGCAGAGGCGUUCAGGCUGAAGAUUUUGUUUGUGCUGGUUGACGUGGCCGAGCCUCGCAACGGCAGGAUCAUGGAGUACUUCCUGGUGCGAGACUUCGAGGCUCCUCUCAUCCGAAUCGUAAACCUCACUGAUCAUGUGACCUACCACCUGCCCUCCGAAACCCUCGACGAAGACACCAUCAGACGCUUCUCCCAGUCGUACCUCGAGGGCAGAGCCAAGCCGAAGAUGAAGAGUGAGCCGAUUCCUGAGGGCUGGGAAGAAAAGCCUGUGAAGGAGCUGGUGGGAGCGACACUGGAGGAGGUGGCCUUCCACCCCAAUAAAACCGUGUUUGUCCUGUUCUAUCUGCCGUACAGCAAGGCGUCUCUGGCUUUGCUCCCGCUGUGGGAAGACCUGGCCGAGGCCUUCACGGAGCGAGACGACGUGGUUAUCGCUCGAAUCGACGCCUCAGCCAACGAGGUCAACGUGUCAGUGCAGAGAGCUUACCCAUCGCUCUGCCUGUUCCCUGCUCUGUAUGCUGAAAGGGUGGUGAUCUACACCGGAGAAAAGAAUCUAGAAGACCUGGUGAAGUUCGUACAUGAAGAGAUGGAGACGGCCAAAGAAUACAGAGUGAAGGAGGACGAGGACAGAAGGAGGUACGCUGAGGCCCUGAAAGCUGAGGAGGCAAAGCAGGCAAACCAGUCUAAAAACACCAGAGAUGAGCUUUAA